GAUAAAGAAUUGAAACCUUUAAUUUACUGUUUUACCGAUGUUUACGCCAAAAGCAUCGUUUACAAAAUAACAGACAUGUUUGUUUCCGAAAGCUUGGAGGAGACUAUGUUUUACGGAUUCUACGAACUGGAUAUUUCUCUGAUUGGACCCGGAUAUUACUGGUGCGAAGGGUUUCUGUAUCCAGGUUUAACAAAGGUUUCGUCAAAUAAAUUGUUCGUCCAGAAGGAAUACAGGGGAGAGUACGUGGUCAUUCUAAAAUUAAAAAAUUACGUUGAAAAGUUAUCGUUUUAUCCACUGACUCGCGAGAAUAUUGAAAUGCUUCAAAACCAUUUCCAAAACGAAAUGCCUUACAAUUCAUCAUUCUAUCCGAGAAUAUUUAAAAUUAAUGCCCUGGAUGGUAACGAUAUGACUUUAACGUUUCAUCUGUCCUCUGCGGAUUCUCGCAAUGAUCAAGACGAAUAUAAAACAUUAAAAAAUAUAUCACAAUCCCAAACCACCUUCGAAUUCGUCGAAUUUCGAAGCGUUAGUUACUGUUAUACCGAUGUGACAAACCAGUAUGGACAAGAUAUUUAUUGGAAUAUCACGGUUACAGACCAAUCCAAAAACCCGGCGGGUGGAUUCUGUGUGACUGACGAUGGUGUUAUUCUUCAACGAUAUUGCGUUGGGAAUUUUAUUGAUGGAUACCGGUGGACGGAGAUUGGAAAAUGCAAAUUUUAUUCGGAAUCGGAUGUGUCAAAUACUCUUAUCGAGUUAACUACUUCUGAAGAGAAGACGUCAUUAGUAAAUAACCUUAGUGACGUACUAAAGUUAACUGAACAAUACGCCAAGUUCUAUACUAUCGAUGUGCUGAUGUUAGCUAACUAUACAAAAGCGAUAGCAAGUCAGAAACCGGAUUUGGAGAAAGUAACUGGUAUAAUAAGUAAUAUAAUGAAAAUUUCCCAGCCAGUCUUGUACAGUGCUCAACAGAACUUUAAGGCUACCGAUACCAUCCUAUUAGCCCUCGAUGACAUCUUAAUAAGUUCGACGAUAGAUAUCAGCGGUAUGAAAGAAUGGAAAAAUGACAACUUGAGAGUUAUAAUCAUAAAUAUAGAAGCCAACGAUUUUUACGGAAUAUUUGUGAAGAACUGUUCUACCGAUUUAAGCCAGUGCGAGAUAUACAACAUAUGCGGUACUCCUAUUACCCAAAGCUCCUUUCCCGAUGACCUAUACGCCGCGGUAUACAUUUCCGAAAGUCUUCAGCAACAAAUUUUGGCAUAUGCCAAAAGUAACGACAGUUAUAUUCCGAAAAUUGCGAUCACAAUUUAUUACGGAACUCAGUUAUUUGUAGAGCAGGGAGCACCAAAACAUUCUGACUUGGUUUUUGGGGUGUUACUACCUGAUUUUCCAGAGGAAUUUCAAGGUCCUUUGACGAUAUAUUACUAUACUAAUACCAGGCAAAUUUCAUUUGACUAUAAUUGCUCCUACUGGAAAUUUAACAAGACGGUUGAAAGUUCCUGGCAAGUUGAGGACUCCGAUAAUGAAAAUACUGCUAUAUUGUGCAAUUUUUAUCACUUAACGCAUUUUGCUGUACCAAUUACUACCAGUAACAGUUAUACAAAACUUCCGCCAGUUAACUACAGUACUCAUAAAAUCUAUGAGAAAGCUGUGGUUAAUACAAUAAUUGAUAUUAAUCCAAUAAGUAAUACACUUGCCUUCUCAAAUCUGCUUACUGGCAUUAAACAGAAUAUUGAAUAUACCGAUGGGUACUGCUUUAAUAAUUUUAAGAUGCAUGAAAUUAAUUAUCCUACAGAUAACUCUGUAUGUUUUUUGAAUACUUGCCACAGUGUAUCAGCUUGUGAACUACCCAAUAUAUUUAACUAUUUUUGUUGGAAUAAAAACUGGACAGUGAAAGAUAUUGAACUUUUAGCAACAACUCUACACGACCAUAUUUUUAUUAUUGAUGCACCAGCACUCGAGAUUUUAUCAGAAAUAUUAGAUUAUAUAAUGAAAUCGCACAAAGACGUAAUAAAACAAGCCCAAUUAUUGUAUAGAUCUGCAGACAAAAUACUGAACUCGUUAGAUCAAAUUUUAAUUAAUAUAAAUGAAAACGUAGAAAUUUCAGAAGAAACUUUAACUUUAUUGGUAGUUUCUAAAGAGCAUUCCGUUUAUUUUGAGGGAUUUUAUAUAACAAAGGAGCACAAAAUACAAGUCUUGUAUAAGAACCAGAAUAAAUAUAAGAAGUCAGAUAAUAUAGUUAGCUUAAUGUUUAGUUCUGAAUUGUUACAACACAUCAGAGAAUUUCCAACAAGUUUAGCCUUCGCUGUGUUUUACGAUGAUUCGUUUUUUUUUGCCCCAGGACAUACUGUUGUAGAGAAUGUUAUAGUUGAUGUUUUAUUUCAACAUUUAAAAUUCCCUUUAAAAGGUAGUAUUAUAAUAAAUUAUUUCUCUAAAUUACAAUACAAAGAAAGGAUUGAUUGUUCUUAUUGGAACUAUCUCGUUGAUGACAACGUUUUAAUUCCCGGUCAAUGGAAAAAGGAGUUUGAAUUUAACGAGCAUAUUAGUUCUUGUAGGUUUCAGCAUGCUACCCAUUUUGCUUUGGUAGUAACAACCAACAACAUCACAACUGAUUUGGAAAAUAUCCUAAAUUCUAAUUUGACCAGUUUAGAAAAAAUCAAUGCAGUACAGCAGAUCACUGAUUCGAGCGUUCAAAAUCUAGUUCCAGUCGAUGUAUCGCUAAUUUCGCAGAUUAUGUUUGACUCUUUAUCAGAAGGUACGUUCACGACCAUCGCGUCGAGAAUUAUCAGCAACUUAUUUAAUGUUUCUAGAGAUAUACUUCGUCAGUCUCAAAUAAGUUAUUCAGCGACAGAUAUCAUACUACAUAGCAUCGAUGAAAUGGCUAAACAUUUAGACACUGCCUUCAUAAAUAACAAAAACUUCUCUCUGGUUGUUAAAAAUAUGCAGGACCGAGAAGUUAAGGGGAUAUUUAUUUCGAAUUGUUUGAAUGACGUAUGUGAUAUCGAUUUUUUAGACGUAUCUGUUAAUAUAAGUGAUUACGCUGCCAACGAUUCGAUAUCGGCCAUGGUACUCUUCAGCGAUGAUUUGGUCUAUCAAAUCAAUAACAGUGCAGACUCGAGGAUUAUAGUAUCUCUAUACCACAAUGACGAUUUGUUUAAUGAGAAUAAUGAUGAUGAACGAACGACUUCCAAGAUAUUUGGAAUUAUUUUUCCUGGCCUUGACGAGGCCUUAGAAGGUCCGGUUUCUUUGAUUUAUAAUACCGGAAUAAAUAAAACUAGUAAUAAUUCGUGUGCAUAUUGGCAUUACAAUGUUAGCUCUAAGUUAGCUGGGCAAUGGCAAGACGAUGCCGAAAAGCAACACCUUCAAAAUAUGACAAUAUGUAGUUAUACGCACGUCACGCACUUUGGGUUGUUAUUGGCUAACACCGAUGAAUAUUCUGAUGAUACAGUGUUGGAUAUUAUCACCGAUAUUGGGUGUAUUUCGUCGCUUAUUGGAAUAAUAAUGAUUUUAUUUACCGCAGCUAUUUUUAGGCGGUGGCGUCAGAAUACCGGGAAUAUUAUCCUUAUCAACUUUUCAAUUGCUAUAUCCUUAAAGAUCAUUAUGUUAUAUGUUAGCGAGUUUGUACGAAGUACAUCGGGCGGAACCGUUUGCAUUAUAUCAGGUGCACUUUUGCAUUAUUCUAUUUUAUCCGAAUGCGCCUGGAUGCUCACCAUCGCUAUUUUGCAGUUCAAAAGGUUUGUCGAAGUGCUUGGAGGCCCCCCAAAAUACGUACUGCUUAAAGCUUUAGUUUGCGGUUGGGUAUUUCCCAUAAUACCGGUAGUAUGCGUCGUCCUAAUAGAUUCAGAUAGCUACGCAGUUGGAAAAACUGGAUUAUGUUAUCCAUCCGACUUAGGAAUGUACUUAGGUGUCUGGUUACCGGUUGCCAUAAUCGUGUGCAUCAACAGUGUUAUAUUCGUUUUCAUUCUCUACAACGUGUUUCAUAAAAAAACCGAAUAUAUCGAUACAGUAAAUCACGAAAUUCUGUUUCAAUGGAGACUGGCACUACUGUUAUUUUUCAUGCUGGGUUUGACGUGGCUCUUUGGAUUUUUGGGUCAGAUAAAAAAUGACGCCCUCUUCACUUACGUCUUUUGUAUUACCGCUUCGUUGCAAGGGUUUGUAAUGUUUCUAUUUUUUAUCGUGUUUAAUAAAAGCACCCGACUGUUGUAUCUGCACUCUGCUAAGCACUGGUUCUAUUCGAAAGGAAUAUUUAAAGUUGGGAACGAAAAGUUACAUAGUAAGUAUUGAUUAAUAGAAAUUGCGCGAAAUUAUUUUCAAGUAGUACCUCUGGGGCGGGGGGGGGGGCACCC